CCACCACCCAAAAGUUCGCCGCGAUCUCCCAAGGAUCUCAAUCGUACGCAACUUUUCCCCAACACCAAAAAACAAUUAUCUUACGAUCUCUUCGAGGACGUACGACACCGCAAAAGAACCACCAAGAUGUCGGACGUAGAAGAGAACAACGCCCCCGAGGUCUCCGAGGAAGUCGAAGUCUCCGCAGAUGCCUCCAAGGGCUCCAUGUCCGUUCUGGACGCCCUCAAGGGUGUUCUGAAGCUCGCGCUCAUGCACGACGGUCUUGCCCGCGGUCUCCGUGAGGCUUCCAAGGCCCUCGACCGUCGUCAGGCCCACAUGUGUGUCCUGAACGAGGCCUGCGAGGAGGAGGCUUACAAGAAGCUCGUCAUUGCCCUGUGCUCCGAGCACAAGAUCCCCCUGAUCAAGGUGCCCGACGGAAAGCAGCUCGGCGAGUGGGCUGGUCUCUGUGUUCUCGACCGUGAGGGCAACGCCCGCAAGGUCGUCAACUGCUCUUGCGUCGUCGUUAAGGACUGGGGCGAGGAGUCUCAGGAGCGCAGCGUCAUCCUCAACUACUUCCAGACCGAGCAAUAAGCUACGAAUCAUGAAAAUGGGAACUUUGUCUUUUUUGAUAUCCUGCAUGGGGCGUUCACGAUACCGGGAGUCACGGAGGGCAUGGGUGUUUUUCGAGACGGAUGCCGGUUCGGAUGUACUCUCGCUUCUCCAGGCUGGCAUUGGGACUCGGUCGGGAGGGUUUUUAAAAAAAUGCGAAACACCGUUUAUUCGGGCCUGGGAAUUAAAAAAAAUAGCAAUCACAAAAGUUGAUGACUUGAACA